UUAGCGAUGAGCUGUCUGGUGCCCAGGGAGCUCUGGCUGCCCCAGGUUCUUCCCCCGCCCGGAGACAACCCCGAUCCCCAGGUCGCCGCUGUGAUGACGAAUGCACUCGACGCUCUCCCGCCCGUUGGUGACCUGCAAGUCUUCUCUACAGGUCUUACAGAGGCGCUGCGUCUGCAGUGUACGGGCAACAGGCGCAGCAACAGCAGCAGCGAUGCCAGCAGAGCGUGCGUGAAGGUCUCGCCGCAGCAGCAGCGCCCGACCUCCGACGCCCCGACGGCCGCCGCCAAAAUAUGUCGGCCCGGCAACAGCGCCCGCUCGUUUACUCAUCCGUCGCAGGCGAUGGUGAAGACCCGCCUGCCGCCUGUGCUGGGAAUGCCAGCAGACGAUCACUGCACUGCACGAGACGUUCGUCUGUCGGCUGGUGUUGCUCCCGUCAGGCGAGGAUAUGGUAAUGUCACCGUGCAAAAAACGCAGCAGAAACCUUAUAUGCCAGCAUUAAAAGGAGGGCAAAUCCAAGUGAAUCUAACACAAAAAACACAAAGCCAGCAAAUCCAAGCGAAGCAAACACAAAGCCAUCAUCCUAGGCUUGGUUCGGUCUCCGGUGGCUGUGGCUCGGCUAUGGAAUGUGGGGCGCCGGCCUCCAAACCUUCGUAUUGUUUGCAAAUCCAAGCGAAUCUAACACAAAAAACACAAAGCCAGCAAAUCCAAGCGAAGCAAACACAAAGCCAUCACCCAAGGCUUGGUUCGGUCUCCGGUGGCUGUGGCUCGGCUAUGGAAUGUGGGGCGCCGGCCUCCAAACCUUCGUAUUGUUUCCUCAGGAGGGACCAACGCGAGCAAAAGUUCUGA